CUGUACAUUAUAUUGGCAUGACAAUUACCGGGGGGGGGGGGGCUAAGAGGUCCCUUCAACUAUUUGCACAGUAUUUCCAUCAAGCAAAGUAAUUUGACCGCGCCACUCUCUGACUUUUUACUUUCAAGUCUUGUGCAUCCUUUGAGACCAAAGUUGCGAUGCCCAGGUACUACUUCAAGGAUUGACAUGUCCUCAGAGUGCACUGGAAAAGAUCUAUCUCAAGAGCAAGGCAGCAUCAAAGACUAUAGCCAGGAAUCUCAAGGAGUAGAUAGACCUCACUUACCAGCAUCCAUAGAAAACUCAUGUGACCUUGGAGAGGAGAGGUCACAAAGAUGUUUGAGAGGAUCAAAUGAUCUCGCUUGUCAUGUCAGUGUAGACCACAGAAGCAAUUCUUGGUCAUGUUGCAAGUUUUCUUCCAAUCCUAAAGACAUUACUCAAAAGCAGAGUCAUGCACAGAGUGAAAGCAAAAAAGGAUUUGAUGAAAAUGCUCAUGAGAAAAUAGAUAAAACAGUUGAUGUACAUGUACCUAACGACAUUUGUAAAGGCAAUGUUUCAAAUAGUACAGUACAUUCAGAAUCAUUGUGUAAUGAACAGACGUCUCUUAAAAGGCCUCAUGUGUGCUCUCAAUGUGGGAAAAAGUUUCAGAAAAUGUUGAGUCUCAAAGUCCAUAUGUAUACACAUACAGGUAAAAAGCCUUUUGAAUGUUCUUUAUGUCCACAAUCCUUUAAUAGUAUGAAGCAACUCGUAAGGCAUUCAUCAGAACAACAUGGGAAUGAAGUGACUGAAUGUAGAAAGAAGAUUACUUCUGAAAAUAAAGACAUUGCUCACAAUGAAAAGUUUGUCACAAAUUACAUGCAAUCUGGUGACACAUUUGAGAGUCAAUCACAUGACCCAGGUCACAACAAAUCACUUGAAACAAAUCAAAAGCAAAUACAUAUAGCAGAUCAGGAAAAGAUUGAUAUAACAGAUAAGUGGGAACAACAUGGUAAAGUUCACCACGAAAUGCAUCGCCAAAAUGAUGAUAUACUAAGCCAACAAGGAAAUACAAAUAGUUCAAAGAGCACAAGUAAAGGGCUAGCCUUAACAUCUAUAUCACAUGAAAUUCCUAAGCCCUAUGGUUGCUCUUUAUGUGGUAAAAAGUUCAGAAAUACCAGUCAUCGUAAAGAACAUAUGUACACACAUACUGGUAAAAAGCCUUUUGAAUGUUCUUUAUGUCCAAAAUCCUUUUGCCGAAAGAGGAAGCUUGUGAAUCAUUCAUUAAGUAUUCAUGGGGUAUUAAUUGUUGACCAAGUGUUUCCUGGGGUAACUGUUGAUCAAGACUCUCUUGGGGUAACUGUUGAUCAAGAGACUCCUGGGGUAGCUGUUGAUGAAGUGUCUAACAGUGGAAACAAGUCUUCCGAAGAUCAAACUGAAAUCCGAGCUCACAAAAAAAAAAUUAGCAAAGGGCUGUCCUUAAAAUCUAGAUCAUAUGAAAUUCCUAAGCAGUUGUCUACUAGACCCUAUGCUUGCUCUCAGUGUGGGAAAAGGUUUAAGAAGAAUUAUCAUCUUAAAGAACAUAUGGAUACCCAUACUGGGAAAAAGCCUUUUUUGUGCUGUAUAUGUCAACGAUCUUUUGCUCGUAAGAGGGCCUUUGUAAGUCAUUCUUUAAGGGCCCACAGGUUUAGUAACGAUCAACUGUCUGAAGAGGGAUGCAAGUUUUUUUCCAAUCCUAAAGUCUUAGUUUACAAACUAUCAAUUGAGGAUUGUCUUGAGCAAAUUAAUAGCCCUGGUGACAAGACUAGAUCACUUGAAAUUCCUAAGCCCUAUAGUUGCUCUCAAUGUGAGAGAAAGUUCAGACAGGCCUAUCAUCUUAAAGAACAUAUGUACACACAUACUGGUAAAAAUGAUUUUGAAUGUUCUUUAAGUCCAAAAUCCUUAAGACAAAGGACAAACCAUGUAAAUCGUUCAUUAAGACAUCAUGGUGUAAUUGUUGAUCAAGUCUCUCAUGGGGUAAAUGUUCAUAAAUUCUCUCAUGGGGUAAUUGUUGAUCAAGAUUCUAAUGGAGUAACUGUUGAUCAAGAUUCCUAUGGGGAAACUGUUGAUCAGGUGUCUAACAGUGGAAACAAGUCUUCUGGGUAUCAAACUGAAAUUCUUUCUCAAAAGAAACCAAUACUAAGUAAAGGAAUCUCCUUGAAAUCAAGAUCUCAUGAAAUUCCUAAGCCAUAUGGUUGCUCUGUAUGUGGGAAAAAGUUUAGAAAUACCAGUCAUCGUAAAGAACAUAUGUACACACAUACUGGUAAAAAGCCUUUUGAAUGUUCUUUAUGUCCAAAAUCCUUUAGCCGAAAGAGGAAACUUGUGAGUCAUUCAUUAAGUAUUCAUGGGGUAGCUGUUGACCAAGUGUCUCCUGGGGUAGCUGUUGACCAAGUGUCUCCUGGGGUAGCUGUUGACCAAGUGUCUCCUGGGGUAGCUGUUGACCAAGUGUCUCCUGGGGUAACUGCUGAUCAAGAGACUCAUGGGGUUGCUAUUGAUCAAGAGUCUCUUGGGGUAACUGUUGAUCAAGAGACUGAUGGGGUAGCUGUUGGUCAGGUGUUUAACAGUGGAAACAAGUCUUUCGAGGAUGAAACUGAAAUUCUUGCUCAAAAGAAACCAAUUAGUAAAGGGAUGUCCGUAAAAUCUAGAUCUCAUGAAAUUCCUAAGCAAUUGUCUACCAGACCUUAUGCUUGCACUCAAUGUGGGAAAAGCUUUAAGCAGAAUAAUCAUCUGAAAGAACACUUGUACACACAUACUGGUAAAAGGCCUUUUGAAUGUUCUUUAUGUCCAAAAUCCUUUAGCCGAAGGACUCAACUUUUGAAUCAUUUAUUAAGACAUCAUGGGAUAAGCAUUGAUCAAGAGUGUCGUAGGGUAAUUGUUGAUCAAGUGUCUCAUGGGUUAGCUGUUGAUCAAGAGACUCUUCAGGUAGCUGUUAAUCAAGAGACUUGUGGUGUAACUGAUAAUCAAGUGUCUCUUGUAACUGUUGGUCAAGAGACUUGCGGGGCGACUGUUAAUCAAGUGUUUCAUGGGGUAACUGUUGAUCCAGAGACUCAUGGGGUAACCCCUGAUCGAGAGACUUGUGGGGUAACUGUUGUUCACGAUUCUUGUGGGUUAACUGUUGAUCAAGUGUCUCAACAGGUAAAUGUUGACCAAUUCUCUCAUGAAGUAACUGUUGAUCAGGUGUCUCAUCAGGUAGCUGUUGAUCAAGAGAUUUGUGGGGUAACUGUCGAUCAAGAGUCACUUGUAACUGUUGAUCAAGAGUCUCUAGGGGUAACUGUUGAUCAAGAGAGAGUAACUGCUGAUCGAAUGUCUAAUAGUGGAAACAAGUCUUCCGAGUAUCAAACUAAAAUUCUUGCUCAAAAGAAACCAAUUAGUAACAGAAUCUCCUUAAAAUCUAGAUCACAUGAAAUUCUUAAGCCCUAUGGUUGCUCUGUAUGUGGGAGAAAGUUCAGAAAGACCACUCAUCGUAAAGAACAUAUGUACACACAUACUGGUAAAAAACCUUUUGAAUGUUCUUUAUGUCCAAAAUCCUUUAGCCGAAAGAGGAACCUUGUGAAUCAUUCAUUAAGUAUUCAUAGGGUAGCUGUUGAUCAAGAGUCUCGUGGGGUAGCUGUUGAUCAAGAGACUCCUGGGGUUACUGUUGACCAAGGGUCUUGUGGGGUAACUGUUGAUCAAGAGACUCAUGGGGUAACUGCUGAUCGAGAGACUCAUGGGGUAACUGUUGUUCAAGUGUCUCAUCAGGUAGCUGUUGAUCAAGAGACUCAUGGGGUAGCUGUUGAUCAAGAGAUUUGUGAGGUAUCUGUUGAUCAAAAGUCUCUUGUAACUGUUGAUCAAGAGACUCAUGGGGUAACUGUUGUUCACGAUUCUUAUGGAUUAACUGUUGAUCAAGUGUCUCAACGGGUUAAUGUUGACCAAUUUUCUCAUGAAGUAGCUGUUGAUCAAGAGACUCAUAGUGUAAUUGUUGAUCAAGAGACUCAUGGGGUAACUGUUGAUCAAGUGUCUCAUCAGGUAGCUGUUGAUCAAGAGACUCAUGGGGUAACUGUUGAACAAGUGUCUCAUCAGGUAGCUGUUGAUCAAGAGACUCAUGGGGUAGCUGUUGAUCAAGAGAUUUGUGAGGUAUCUGUUGAUCAAAAGUCUCUUGUAACUGUUGAUCAAGAGACUCCGGGGGAAAUUGCUGAUCGAAUGUCUAAUAGUGGAAACAAGUCCUCCGAGUAUCAAACUGAAAUUCUUACUCAAAAGAAACCAAUUAGUAAAAGAAUCUCCUUAAAAUCUAGAUCACAUGAAAUUCCUAAGCCCUAUGGUUGCUCUGUAUGUGGGAGAAAGUUCAGAAAGACCACUCAUCGUAAAGAACAUAUGUACACACAUACUGGUAAAAAGCCUUUUGAAUGUUCUUUAUGUCCAAAAUCCUUUAGCCGAAAGAGGAACCUUGUGAAUCAUUCAGUACGUAUUCAUAGGGUAGCUGUUGAUCAAGAGUCUCGUGGGGUAACUGUUGAUCAAGACUCUCAUGGGGUAGCUAUUGAUGAAGAGUCUCUUGGGAUAGCUGUUGAUCAAGUGUCUAACAGUGGAAACAAGUCUUCCGAGGAUCAAACUGAAAUCCUAGCUCAGAAAAAAAAAAUUAUCAAAGGGCUGUCCUUAAAAUCUAGAUCACAUGAUAUUCCUAAGAACAUAUCUACUAGGCCCUAUGCUUGCACUCAGUGUGGGAAAAGGUUUAAGAGGACAUGUCAUCUGAAAGAACAUAUGUACACACAUACUGGUAAAAAACCUUUUGAAUGUUCUUUAUGUCCAAAAUCCUUUAGCCGAAAGAGGAACCUUGUGAAUCAUUCAUUAAGAGAUCAUGGGAUAGCUGCUGAUCAAGUGUCUCGUGAGAGAACUGUUGACCAAGAGUCUAACUGUGAAAAGCAACUAAUUGAUUCCAAUCAAAAAGACAUUUCUGAUCAAGAUAACAUGCAAAUCAGCCAUGACAAAGAUUGUACAGGUCAUAACCCAUCAGUACAAACAAACACUGACACCCUUAAUUAUGUUUGUUCAUGUGGAGAAAGUUUUCAUUCGUUUGAACAACUCACUGUCCACACAAAGACAGUUGGGGGAGGGGAACCCAUGAAAUGUCCAAAUUGCGAUGAGGUGUUUUGUCAUAGGUCUUCAUACAUUUGCCAUAUACUUAUGCACUUGGAAAAGAAUCACAAAUGCCCUGAAUGUGAACAAACCUUUCGAUGGAGCUAUGAAUUAACAGCACACAUGAAGUCACAUCUUACGAAAAGUAAUGAAAACACAAAUCUCCCAACUGAAUUUCGAAGAGGCAAAAAAUUAAUUAAGGCAUGCUCCUCAAAAAAAGAUCGUAAAUAUGGGUCAUAUGUGUGCUCUCAAUGCAAUAAGCAUUUUAAAAAGUCAUCAUGCUUGAGAGAGCACAUAGCUAUUUUCCAUACAAGGGAAAAAUAUUUGUCUUGCUCUAAAUGUUCAUCAAGUUUUAUUAAACGGAAAUCACUCAUAUGGCAUUCUGCAAAAUACCAUGGAGUUGUCCUUGAUCAGAUCUGUGAAUGUGGAAAGGGGUUUUCUUCCAAAGCAGAAGUUAUUGCUCACAUUACCACACAUGAUACCUUGCAAUCACAAGGCUUAGGAAAUCAUCAGCAAACACAUGGGACAGCUCAUGAUCAAAGGAAUUCUAAUGAAAAGGUGUCCAACAAGGUGUUUCACAACUCUUAUUCUAAUAUGAGCCUGGUUGAAACACAAACAAGUUUUAAAGAGCCUCAGUUGAACAAAGAAAUGAGUGAGAAGACCAGAUCAAUUGCCAUGACUAAGGAUUUGUUUGAUGACUCUGAUGAUGAUCAGAUGAGCAUCAGUUCAGAACUUAUUGGAAGGUGUACAAAGAGUGAUGAAUCUAGCAGUGUUUUGACUGUAGUAGACACUCAUAGAAAAAAUGGUCAAGAAUCAAGUCUAGAGGAGCUUAGUGCUCAAACUGUUGAUGAAAGACUUUGUUCCUGCUCUGAAUGCCAACAAAUUUUUUCUGGCAAAAUCUCGCUUUUGCAACACUUGAUGAGACAUCAUGAGGAUAUUUUGAACAAAGUUUGUGAGUGUGGUAAAAGGUUUGCCAGUGAGGAAGCUCUGUCCAAUCACCAGAGAGGACUGGUAAAAUGUAAUAAGUGCCCUAUCUGUAAGAAAACAUUUGAAGGUCAAUGUUUGUAUGAGCUUCAUAUGGAAAUGCAUGCAGAGAUGCAAUACAAGUGUACUGAAUGUGAAGACAAAUUUGCCCUAGAGAAUCAAUUAAUCAACCAUCUUAAGUUCCAUACGGGUGGAAAACCAUUUGCUUGUUCCAUGUGCAAGGCAAGCUUUUCCCAAGACAAUAGCCUAGCUGAACAUUUGCAAAUGCACAAGAAAGAGAAUCUCUAUGAAUGUGUAAAGUGUGGGAUACUAUUUGUGAAUGAAAAUGAAAUUUGUAAGCAUGAACGAAAAGAGCACAAACAUUGUUGGUGUCCCGUGUGUGGUAAACAUUGUUAUGCAAGUAAGGAGUAUGAGGAACACAUGCAAACGCACAAAGAAGACCCAAGCUUUGAGUGUUUGAAAUGUCAUAAACAAUAUCCUCACUUGGAGAGCCUUAAGAGACAUGCACCCCGCCAUGAUGAAAGGAAGAUUUUGAAAUGCUUGUCAUGUGAUAAACUAUUUACAAGAGAAAGCCUUAGAAAACAUGUGAAAUGGCAUCGCUCAAUUAGACCUCAUAAAUGCAUUCAAUGUGGAAAGGGUUACAUUGGUAGGCAGGAGCUUAAGAAACACAUUAUAAGGGUCCACACUCCAGCUCUCCAUCUGUGUCACAUAUGUGGAAGAGCUUUUGUCUCUGAAGCACGGUUGUUGAUUCAUGUAGAAUCGGUCCACAAAAAGCAGGAAUUUCACACAUGUCCUGACUGUGGGUACAGCGUCGCUAACAAACAGCUCCUAUCUCAACACCUUUACAUAUGCAGGGGUGGUAAGCCAUACAAGUGCACCAUAUGCCAAGAUCUAUUUAGUGAUAAGUACGAGUUAAAUCGGCACAUCAAAAAGCAUGCUGGUAAAAAACAAUGUCCUGUAUGCAAGCGGCAGUUCAAAUCAAUAUAUGAUGCUAAUCUUCAUGUGCGGAGGGUACAUACAGGUGAAAGACCGUUUCAAUGCUCCCAGUGCCCAGCUACGUUUCUUGGAUCAAGUGAUCUUAGAGCUCAUAUGAGGUGGCACUCUGGCGUUAAGCGUUUUAAGUGCCCAUUAUGCAGAAAAGCAUUUAUAACAACCACUGGUCGCAAUAGGCACUUAAAAAGGGUACAUAAGGAAGUCAACUAUAUGAUGUGUGAUAAAUGUGGAGAAAGGUUUUCAGGAUUUGAUGAGUUAUUGAAUCACAGGAAACGUCUGUAUAAAGAAACUCCCCAUCUAUGUGUUGUUUGUGAAAACAGAUAUCAGACAAUCUGUGAAUUGACUGUACAUUUGAAAACCCAUUCUAAUAAACAUGAAACAAUGAAAUCUUAAUCAUUUUUGUCUCGCCUGCAUAGCGUGACUUACAGGUGGUGCUUUUUUGACGGCGGCACCAUCAACACUGAAAUCUUAACCAAGGUUAAGUUUUUGAAAUGUCAUCAUAACUUUGGAAAUUUAUGGAGCUGAUUCAUAUAACCUGGUAAGACUAAUCAAGUAUCACUGAACAUCCUGUGCGAGUUUCAGGUCACAUGACUAAGGUCAAAGGACAUUUAGGUUUAACAAACUUUAGUAAUGUUUGGUAUUUGUUGAAUUAGUUUUACAACUUUGAAAGUUUAUAUAUAUUCUGAAACUUUUUAGACGAAAGAGCAAUCAAGUAUCCCUGAGCAUCGUAUGUGAAUUUCAGGUCACAUGACCAAGGUCAAAGGUUAUUUAGGGUCUAUGAGCUAUGGCAGUGUUAGAAGUUUCUUAAUGGCAUCAUAACCGAGUAAGUUUAUGGGUUUAUUGAAUUAAGGAAACCUAGCUAGGUAAGGGAAAUCAAUUUUGAAUGAUUGUUUUGCACACAUCUUAGGUCACAUGAUUAUGUCAAAGGCCAUUUUGGGUCAAUGGACAUUGUAUUUUAUUUUAUAAGAAUGUUUUCUUUUGUGAAUGAUUAUUUUGUUUUCUUUUGUGAAUGAUUAUUUGAUGGAGCUCUGUUUUCAAAGUCAUCACUGCUGCUAUAUUGUGUAAUGUAGGCGAGAUUGCCAAAAGUGUUCCACUUGUUUCGAGAGGGAAGUAGUACUACCCAAUCACACCUAAUCAAUAUUAAUGAUCUUUAGACAGUCUCUCAGAAAUUAGUCAAAGACUCAGAGAUUCAUCAAAGAUCAUUGAAAGUCCUAAGAUUUCUGAAGAUCAUAAAAUACCUCUAAUGUACCAAUAAAAUACAAUUGACUUUAGGUCACUGUAUUACUAGUUCAAGGCAAUGAUAAUCUGUCUUUCAGGGUUUUUUCAGAGCCUUUCCACAGGUAUAAUAAUAGUAAUAAGCAGUUCUCAGAUACACAUACUCAUACAUGUAAUACCUUGUAAACAGUCUCUAUGCAUGUAGAAUCAUUAUUUUCUAUACGGCUAAUACAUGUGCUUCUCAAGAGGGUAAGUUUUAACACAAGAUUUGAAUCUGUUGAAAUCUGUUAUUGAUCUUAUUGGGUAGACAUGAGAAAGUUCAGUUAUCUUGGAGACUGUUAAAUUGAUAGUCUGUACCUCUUCUGUACCUCAAAAAUGACUGACAAAAAUAUUUCCAAGAUGAGUUUGUGACAGUAUAUUUAUUUAUGAAAAGAGGAUUUGUCUUCUCAAAUGAAAAUCCACCAAGAGCAAGACUGCUUAGUGAUUGUUAGAAGACUUUGAAAUUUACUUGAUCUUCAAAUCUAUUUCCAAUGAACCUUUACAGAUUUGUAUAAGGUCUUUCGUGGUUCCUGAAAAUUAUAUAAAACAGCACAGAUACGGGGUUCAUUUUGUUUAAUUUGUUGCAUAUUUGAAUUCUUUAAUGUUCUAAUUGCUGUUACAAGGUUGUCUGACUUUUUUCUGGUGACAUGUUGAUUUAUAUUUGUUAUCUUAUUUCUAAACUUAAUUUCCUUGUAAACAUUUUUAUUUGUAUUUUGUAAUGCACCAGUAAAAAUCAAAUUUUCUGUAAAGGGAUUAAAGUUAGGUUCAAUUCAUUUAUUGCAGACCCAAAUGUACCCUUUGGUAAGUGGAUUUAAUCAUCAUUUCAUGGUGUUGUAUAGUUGGACACAUGUUUAUUGUUACAAACAUUUAUUGUUCACAUAGUCUGCUGAAUAUAAUAAACACAGAGGUUGUUUGGCUUUCUAUUAAGUUAUAGAUGAGUUGUACAAAAAAAAUAGAAUACAAGCCUAAACGUUUCCUCAAAUUUGAAUAUUUAUGGCUGUAUUGCAAUUUGUGUUUCUGUGUCGGUGAAUAACAUAUAUAUUAUUCUUCCCUGGAAAAUAUGUUUUUAUGUUACUUUAAGGCUUGGUCCCACAGCACUUACAGAUGCAAAGAGGAUGUAAAACUGAAAAGAAUCUUACCGGCCAUUGGAAGACAUUAUGUAUUCGUUGUGUACUCUUUGCAUAUGUGUUUCAUACGCUCGUUAUCCAAUCCCUCAAGCAUCCAUGAUCCAAUGUGAUUUAAUUGUUCGCACAUUUUGUCAAUUCUCUUGAUGAAGCCACCCCAAAAUUUUGCUUGUUCACUUUAUCCAUUAUGUCCGUCGGCCAGUGGGAUCAGGCCUUUAUUUCUUGGAUGUAUGAAACACUCUGUAUAUUAUAAUGUUACACGUACAUCUAGAAUGUAAAAAAAAAUGUGUUUUGCAAUUUGUGUAACCUGAUGGUAAAAGUUAUGUCUUUGACUCUGCGUUUUAAUUGUCUUGGUAUGUAAUGAGAUCAGAUUGGUACGGUGUUUUACAGUGUCAGAUGAAUACAUAUAAUCAUUCAUAUGAUGCAGUGAAAUUUUGGUGUUUCACUGAACAGAAGGAAUGAAGACUCCCACAGCAUGAAUCAUGUAGUGUAGUAUAUGAACACACUGAACAUACUGUGACACACUGUAGCCCUGUACUUCAUGUAUGAGUGAGAUUAUUGAAUAAAAAUUUGAGAAAAUGAA